AUGAAGCUCGCACUCCUUCUGACUGCGGGCUGCACUGCCGCCACGUGCCAUCUUCAGGCCCGCAAGCAGGGCUCGCAAACGGAGUGGCAUCCGGCAGGACCAGGAGAUCUUAGAGGCCCUUGUCCGAUGAUGAACACUCUCGCGAACCAUGGCUUCCUACCACAUGAUGGAAAAAAUCUCACCAAGCCCGUGGUCAUGAAGGGCCUGCAGGACGGCCUGAACUUCAACGAGGCCCUCAUCGAGACCAUGUUUGAGCAAGCUCUCAUCGCCAAUCCGGAACCGAACGCAACGUGGUUCGAUCUCGGUCUAUUGAACCGCCACAACGUUCUUGAGCACGAUGCAAGCCUGAGUCGUACCGAUGCCUUCUUCGGCAACAACCACAUCUUCAACCAGAGCGUCUUCGACGAGACGACGAAGUACUGGCAUGACCCGAUCCUAAACGCUUCUAUGCUGGGCAACAGCAAGAUCGCCCGUCAAUUACAAUCAAAGUCAACGAAUCCGGAAUACACUUUCACCAACACAACAGAAGCAUUCAGCAUCGGUGAAGUGCUAGCACCCAUCAUCGCCUUCGGUGACAUCGAGACCGCGACUGUGAACAGAUCACUAGUGAUCUACUUCUUUGAGAACGAAAGGCUCCCGACGGAGAUGGGCUGGUGUAAGCGUACGGAGCCUGUAGCAUUGAAAGACAUCCUUAAACUCCACAAGAUCAUAGGCAAGGCGAGCAGGCUCAUCACCGGGACAGAGGGCAGCAGCGAGGGUGAUCUACAUUCUCCUCCACCGAAAGGGGAGGUUUGA